AGCUGAAUUGGUACAUUCUUAACUUUCCCCACCAUAGCUUUCCCGCCAAAACCAGACUCUUCCCUGUAAAGUCUCCAAAACCCAGAAAAACCUACCAAUUCAUAUUCAAACUUCCCAAAUGUCAAAUCGAUCAAACAAGCCACCAUCAAACUACGAUGCCUCAAUCGACCCGAAUAAUGUCAAUAGUCUUCUCAACAUCAAUGUUAAACUCCUUGCAUUCGACCUCAACUCUUUAACCCAACCCAAUUCUCUCUCCUCCUCUUCUUCCCGGGACCCGAAUUUCUUGUACCGCAAAGGGGUCCCAAUAUCUCGGGUCGAAGCAUUUGGUGUCGUCGUAACCCGGGACUUCAAACCCGACAAAUUCCUUAGGUUUUCCAUUGAUGAUGGCACUGGUUGUAUCCAAUGUAUACUCUGGCUUAAUCAAUUGACUUCUUCGUACUUUUCUCGGCGAUGCCCAUCAGAUGUUCACUCAAUUGCGCAAAUGGCAAAUGUUCAUUCUACCCGAGUUCAACUCGGCGUUAGUGCCCGGGUUCGUGGCCGGGUUUCGGGUUUUCGUGGUUCGGUUCAGGUUACGGUGGAUGAUGUGGUGGAGGAGAGAGAUCCCAAUUAUGAGACCUUGCAUUUGUUGGAUUGUAUUAACUUGGCUCGAAAGCGUUAUGAUGUUCUGUCCUACAAGAAAUGAGGGAAGGAUUAUAUGUUACCACAUGCAGCUAGCAGAACCUGAUCAAGCUGUAAUUAUAGGAUUUUGAACAGAAAAGAAGCUCUAAGUGAACAGGUUAGUCAUGAUCUUUGAGUUGACUUUCGACUGUCAAAUAUCAAACCUGUAACAUUACUUGUUAACUUAGAAACAUAGUCCCUUAUUGACUUCUUGUAUAUGAAUAGAGACGGAUUGUUACCCAAAUCAGUACUCUGUUAUUCCAUAGAAUCUGGUAACUUUUAAGUACCAACAAGUUGCCUAAUUCGAUUUCUGGAAUUCCUUCCUUUUUCAUGGAUUGCUUUCUUUAGCAAAAUCCAUUAUACACCCGAGUAUACCUAGAGCUAGAUACACCCACGGCUAUAUACAGGUUGAUUAGGCCAUUUAGGGUAUACUGAUAAAACUAAUUCUGAGUUCAUAUCAAACUGGUAGGCCUUACUAUAUAGACAACAUACUGUUACUGCAUAUUGUACCCUCUUGUUGAAGCACAGAAGACAAGAUCUUAAUUUGUUGGCAGAAAACUUAUUUCAUCUUGUCUCCUACAUCCCAAUCUAUUAUUAUGUGCACAUAAAUUAGUAUUUCAAAUUUGGAUUUUAUUGUUAGUUUUAUGCAAUUGUUAGCUUCUUUUUUGGGAGGGGAUGGAGGGAAUGCUUUCUUUUCAAUGAUUUCAUGAACAUGAAUUCCAUAUAAGUAUGGGUAGGGUGAAACUAAUUAAUUGAACUAUUUCUCAAGUUGUUUCAAUAUAAUUGAGUACCUUAUCUUGUUGUUUAACCUAAUCUAUUAUAACCCUUUGCCCACCUUACAUUCCCUGACAUAGCUGUAGCCUGUAAGAGUUAUAAUUCAUAUCCUGACAUAAUAGUUCUACACCUUCUUUUUAAUCAGGAUUUUCUUAUUCAAUUUCUUUCUAAAGAUUGCAUUAAGCAUUAUAGACACAAUAGUUCUCCACCUUUUUUUUAAUCAGGA